AUGGAAGGCUCGCGUGUCGAGUUUGAGCAUCAAAAGAGGAACGCGUGUCGAGCAAGCUCUCAUCAUCGAGUUCCACAUCAAGUAGUGAGUCCUCUCGUCGAGUAUUUAACAGAGAGUCCUGGAAAUGUCUUUCGAGAGAUUUCAGGUGAAGGGCUAGACAAUAGUAUAAAAAAGAAGAGAAUUUCAAGGGCUCAGUUUGGAAGUUUUACUCGAGCAAACCAGGAGAACUUGGUACCAUUCGAAAGCUCUUCGAGUCUAGUUGCUCAAAUCAAGCCUUUGGAAGGAGAUCUCACCGGAAAUAAGGUCGAGAAGGAAAGAAGUGUUAGAGUUUUGGUGUUGCUGAUGGCCUUGAGGAUGCUGGUUGAAUCUGGAAGGAUUCCCCCUAUACACCUGCUGCUGCAGAUGCAAAGCAAGUUGUCUAUGCGCCAUGCAGACAAGCUUCAACAAAGUGGAGCUCCUUCACAUUGUAUACAGCUUACUGCUCUAACUUAUGUCAUUGUGUUCAAAAAAAGAGAGUUUCUCUCUACAAAAAAUUCUUUUCUCCCUCACACCAAAGCUCUCUCUCAUAAGAACUCUUCUUAUCAAAUUAAGGAUCCCACAAUCCUUGAUCCUUGUUUGGACAAUAACAAGAAAAUCGAGUGGUGGUGUGUUGCUACAGGUUCAUGUUCAUUCGUGAGUUUGGGAAGAAGAUCUGGUGUUCAUGAGUUUGUGAAAUGGAAGAAGACUGUGUUGAAGAGGGUCUUCAAGAGGAGAGUUCAUGUGAGGGAGCUCUAUUUUGUGUUCCUUGAUGCUCUUAUUAAUAAAUUUCUUAAAAGAGCUGGUGCAGACAAUGCUCCUACACAAAGACCCACCAUGAGGGAUCUUGUGAUAGAAUUGAUAGGUAGAGUGAGACAGGCUUGGCCUAAAACUAGCAAGUUGUUGUUAGCAGAGCUGAGUGUCAAAUAUGUCAUCCUUCAAGUUAUGUGUCUUAUUAGUUCUCAUGUCAUCAAGUUGCUCACCUGCUAUCUUCAUUUGAUUUGUGGGAUUUUGUUGGCUCAAAAGUCUGUUUUGGUUAUUGUGGACGAGUGUAUAGGUCUUACUCCUGAUGUUCUUACCUUUAGUUGCAAUAUGUUUCAAGGAUAUCAUGUUCUUUGUAGCGGCAACAAAAAAUAUUUCAAACCAGCCUAUUGAUAUUACAUUUCAAGGAGAAUAAUCCAUUAUGACUGUUUUAUUUAGUAAACGAAUUAUGCAAUUAUUGACCUUUGAAUUAUGGGAAGUGUCUCUUCAAAUUCACCAGUGUAUUGAACGAAAAGCUAAGGUGAAUGUUUUAUUUCAAGUGAUGUGUUUGUCUGCUACUACAACUGAAAUUGCCUUUACUAUUGGUGGAAUGGAUAGUGGUCCUGGUGGUUUAAACUGUUUUGGUUGUUUUUCUAAGAUAGACAAAGGGGAAGAAUAGUUCUGCCUCUGUCUUCUUGUUGUUAUCUCUACUUUGAUAAGAUAGUCUUUAGGUUGUGUGGUUAUUGGUUUUCUGCAUCUCUUAUGAUUUUUUUUUUGUCUGAUUCUAUGUUUUUAACUUGCUGGUUGUGUUUGUGUUCAAUUAUCUUGCCUUAAAAAAUAAUAGCCAAAGGAGGAGUUUGUUAGAGAUUAUGAAAUUGGUUGUAUUCGUUUAAGGAUGCUUGAGUUUGUUUUUUAGGCUGUUUUGAUGAUGCCACAAAAAUUGUCUCAUAGAAUUUCUCUCAGAAUGCUGAUUCUACAAACUUUAUUUUUUUCUUAUAUAGCAAAUUCUACAAAUUUAUUUUUUGGAUUCUUUCCUUGUUUAUGCUCUGUAGAUUUUGCAUAUGGGUGUUUUCCUAUUUCCGUUGUGUCUAUUUAAAUCCAAGACGAUGUCUUGCUAGAGUUGGCGCUUUUGAACAUUUUGUUUGAAGCUUUUCAUCUUAUGGUGGUCGUGGUAUAUGCCAAUCUCAAUGAUUGUGAUUCAGAAUUAUUUUUUAUCUUGAAGUUGUGCUUUUGAUUGUUGUUGAAACAUGCUUGGUCUUAAGGAGAGCCUAAGACAUCACUACUUGAGAAGGUUGGGGGAGCCUAAGUUCAUGAAGUGAAGUGGUCUUCAUUUGAGGGUGGAAAGAUAGAAGUUGAAAGGAAGUCCCGUACUUAAGAGGCCUAAGUGAAUGUUCACUAAUAUUUUUAUACUUAGGAGGAGCCUAAAUACAUUGAAAGUGAGGAGAUCUCACAGUUAGGGGGAACCUAAAUAUGUUCAAAGUGAGGAGAUCUCACACUUAGGUGGAUCAUUCGCUAAGUUGGCUAUUUGAGUGUCACUGUAAUUGUCGUUUAUUUAUAGAUAAACAUAUUGUUGCAAUUGCUUGACUUUAUAUUAGUGAAAAUAUCUCUCCACAGGCACACUACUCCUGAAACAUAGGUGGUACUAUACCAAACUGGGUUACCAAA